CCCCAGGCCCUUUCCGGAUCACCCUCCACCAACCGCUGGAGAAUUCACGCCCACGCCCACAAAAAUCAUCGCAACACCCGACGGCACCCCAGGUUCAGGGCAUCACGCCAGGCUGAAUGCUCCAAAGUCCUUCUCGCCCUCCCCGUCGCUAUCCCAAAGAAGCACUACUAGCACGACGGUCGCUGAAUUAGGUGCCAUGGUCGACGCUUCAGGCCAAGAUUAGAUUACAUACAGCGAUUGUCCACGGUACGAGGUCCCAGAAGACGCAGCGUCCCGUACGACGUACGACGACGGAACGCCGCCAGAACGCUCGCUAUCCGCCAUUGCCCAUUGCCCAUUGCCCUCCCUCACCCUCGCAUAUCCUGUCCUUCGGUGGCCAUGGAUCACGACUUGUCACUGUCACAAUCCCAUGGCGGACUGCGUAUUGCCAAUCCCGACGAUGCAUCGCCAGGUGAAUCCCAAGAAGUGCCUGUAGAUGCACGAAUUGUCGCUGUCGCUGCCGCUGCUGCUGCUGCUGCUGCUGCUGCACCCACCAACUAUCCCGAUCCCAACACCAUCACAGCCAACUAUCCACACUCGGUCAGUUCUCUCGGGGACGUCCAGGACCCCAUAGAAGUGCCGCCAUCUCCCAGCCCAUCGCCGCCGCCGCCCAGCUCCAAGGAAAGCCGAGCCUUCUCAGAUCCCCAAUCCCAAUCGCAAUCCCAAUCCCAAUCUCGCCGACAUUCAAUAUUUAAUAUUCUCCGCCGGGUAGAUUCACCAACCGAUUUAGCUGCGUCCGCUUCUGCUCCCUCUCCCCGAACCCCAUCACAGCCUUCCGACCCCAAAUUCGACGCCGUCACUCCCCAGUCCUAUCGAGCUCCCAACGAUCCCUUAGCGCGAUCCGCCGCGGCCAAGGCAUAUCGUCAGUCCAUGCCGCUGAACCACCAAGCUCAACAACAGUCACAAUACCCUCCCUACCAAGUGAUGCAGAACGGCAACAGAGGAUACCCUCCACCAGGGGCCAAUCGACCAGUCUCGGGUGUCUACGCUUCACAACCUCCUCCAAAUGCAAUUCCUUCGAGAGAGCAUGGCUCCUACCGACUACGGAACGAACCCACCCCACCCCAUAUGCAAGGAAUACCGACAAGAAGUGGCUCGAGAAGUGCGGUAGCAGUGCAGGCAAUGCAAUCUGGCGUGCCGUCGAGAGAAGGGAGUCACAGAGAUAGAUCGUAUGGACAGAAUCACCAAAUGCCGGGGGGAAAUGGCCCCAUGCCACCGAGGGGAAGCUCGAGGGGUAUGGUAGGAGGAUACUCGGACGCCCCCAUGGCUGGUACUACUAAUGGAAUGACAAUGCCAAUGUACAAUACGGAUGGGCCAUCUCUUCCGACUUCCAGCGAGGAGUGGAAGGAGAGAGGUGCCGCAGUGGGCACUCGACAAGAAUACGAUGCCGACGGGAAGCUGGUUUUAAAGACGGUAAAAAAGGGCGUCAAGGAUUUCACUUUUGGGCGCACAUUGGGCGAAGGUUCAUAUAGUACGGUACUCCUGGCAACGGAUAAACAGACCUUGAAGGAAUACGCAGUCAAGGUCCUAGACAAGAAGCACAUCAUCAAAGAGAAAAAGAUAAAAUACGUCAACAUCGAGAAGGAAGCUCUCAACCGGUUAAUAGAGCACCCAGGGAUAGUUCGACUUUACUACACAUUCCAAGAUAAUUCGUCACUUUACUACGUUCUGGACAUUGCCAAUGGGGGGGAGUUGUUGGGGGUAUUGAAAAAGGUCGGCUCGUUUGAUGAGGAGUGUACUCGGUUUUUUGGAGCCCAGAUUCUCGACGCAAUAGAGCAUAUGCAUAAUAGAGGAGUGAUACAUCGGGAUCUCAAGCCAGAGAAUGUGCUGAUGGACGACCAAAUGCACAUCAAAAUUACAGAUUUUGGAACCGCCAAAUUACUUCCCGAUCCAAGGAAAGCGUCAGAAUUGGGCAUCUACGAUAUGCAAGACCCGGAAUCGACAAGAGCCAAGUCAUUUGUAGGAACGGCCGAAUAUGUCAGUCCCGAACUUCUGACGGAUAAGAGCGCGUGCAAAGCAAGUGAUCUUUGGGCAUUUGGGUGUAUCAUUUACCAGUUGUUAUCGGGUCGACCUCCUUUCAAGGCUGGCAACGAGUAUCAGACUUUUCAGAAAAUCGUCGGCCUUGAGUACGAAUUUCCACCUGGAUUUCCACCCGCCGCGAGAGAUUUGGUAGAGAGACUUUUAGUCCUGGACCCACAGAGACGAUUGUCAAUCGAACAUAUCAAAAAUCACGAAUUUUUUGAUGGCAUCGCUUGGGGACGAGGGCUUUGGAAGCAAAAGGCACCAAGAUUAAGGCCGUAUGUCCCGCCCACACAAGAACCGACUCUCAUCAAGCUCAAUAACAACUAUGCUACCGCCCCGCAAGCUAUUCCAGCAUCUCGUGCCCCGCAAACAAAUUCCUCUAAUGGGAACGCUCGGCCACCACCCAGAAUAAUAACAGAGCUUCCUCCACCAACUCAGCUAGAUAUUGAGUGGUCUCCUGUACUCACGCGUAAUAACGAACGAAUACUGAAAUUGGGAAACCUGAAUGUAUUGUCCGCGCCAUUACCACACAGUCCAAAUUCAAGACUUGGCGACCAUGGAGAUGGUCAUGAGAAAAAAGGCCUCUCGAGAUUUUUCGGUGGAAGUAACAUCAAAAAGCGGCAAAGGCUUGUGAUGAUCACUUCUAGCGGCCGACUUCUCAUGCUUGCUGCUGGAGGCGAGGAGAAGAAGACCAAGGCCGAUAUAUCGCUUCUCGCAUCAGAAUGUUCUUGGCGGACGCAGAUAGACCCCAAGGGGCAAACGGUGUGGUGUAUUGAUACAGUAAGUCCUUUUGCAUCAUACUAAAACUUUUUCGGCUACUAACCUUGAAUAGCGAGGUACCCACUACACGUUUGAAGAUACCAAGACUUCUGUAGCCUCAGGUGAUCCAUCAAAGAGCUCUGCCCAGGAAUGGAUCGAGUCGCUUGAACGUGCAAAAGACAUGGCUCUGUCACAAAAUAUGACCGGCUCAUACACCACGGAUACAGGAUUCAAUAUGUCUUCUUCCGUAUCUAGUCCAAGCAGCACACUUCAUGGAAGUAGUGUUUACCCGGAAGGGUUCGGCGUAACGGACCGAUCCGGUCGGAAUCAUCUUAGCAAGAGCCAAGCGAGUCUUGGUGGUUAUGGAGAUGACCCAUAUGAAAAAGCUACCCAGAAAAGACAUCGCUUUAGCAAGAGACAGUCAAAGAACGGCUUGUCUACACCAUUGCCAUUUUAAACGGCCAUCAGGGUUGGUUAUUUCGUACUCGAACUCGAAUCGAAGGAGGGGUGUUUUUUUUCUGUUGUCUUGGGAAAUGUUGAAGAAAAGUUUUGGGUGUUGAACUCUGAAAGAAAGGCUGAGAAGGCACAUAAUCUCCAUUUCUCUUCUUCUUCUGUUUAUUUUUGUUUGGGGGGUGUGUUGCAUUUUGAUAGCGUUGGCGUCAAACAGGGAAAUUCUUUUUUUUGUUGUUUUCAAUUCAAAUGUGCUUUGCCUGUCUUGUUUCCCCUUUUUCUUCUUCUUCCACCCACCCACCAAUACCUUUCUUGCAUCUUCUCCAGGCGCCACCUUUUUCUAACGACUUAUGUUGCGUGCUGUGCUGUUCUCUCUUUCUCCAGUGAGGGAAACAUAAAAAAAUCAUUCCUUUUCUUCUUCUUCAUAACUAUAGGAAAGCGGGAGGGAAGGGGUGAGCAAGUGAUGGGGAUGGAAUUGGGGACAGAUACGUAGGGGUGAAGUACGGUAAACAAACACACACAGCCACACAAACUAUUUCUUUGCGUUACACUUUUUCUUCAUGGAUGGAAUAUUUUGUGGGCCUUGUUUUUUUUCUUCGUCUAUUUUGGAAGGGAAGGCAAGCUUGGGAAGGGAAGAAAGAGAAGAGAGAAAGGUCCCCAUCCCAAACCAUUCCAUCCCCUAUUUCUUAUAUAUACCGUAUUUGAAGAAGAGAAAUCCAGCCUUAGGGGUUUCUUUUUCUUAGGAAUAGAGAGGUCGUUGAGUUCGAUUAGGUUGGGUUUGGUUUGUGGGAAAUUCUUUGGUUUCGUUCUUUUGAAUUCUUUUUGAUGGAGGAGGAGGAGGGGGUUGUGGAUUGUGGAUGUGGGUUUUUUUAUAAUAAGAGAAGAUAGGGUAUAGGAUAUAGGAUAUAGGAUAGCAUAAGAUAAGAUAUAAGAUAUAAGAUAUAAAUGGCAA